AAAUAAAACCACAGCAACUAAAAGGCUAGCCUGCUACCUAAAAUUUCACGACUAUUCGUGGACCUUUACGGCAAGUGGUGAUGUCUGGUAUAAUGGUAAACACUGGACAGCUGGCAUCGGGAAACUGGGACAGUAACGGCUGGCUGCCUGGGCCCUGACUUGCCGUCUCUAAGGAAACUCAACAGCUGAUUGGACCGUUGGUCACCGUCUCGCCGUGCAGGGCGGCAGUUGGAAGCUGGAGAGAAGGGUAAAGCGGAUCAGUGAGAGGGGACAGAGGGAACUCCGGUUCUGGGGGAAGCGCAGCCUGAGGUCAAAGAGGGAGAGGAGGGUGGAACAGAGCCGAUUCCGUCAGGCCAGUGUCAGACAGGAUGGGCUAUGACAUUGAGCGGUUCGUGGGGUACGUGAACGAGGGGCUGCUGUGCUGCGUGUGUCGGGACGUCCUGGAGGACCCGCUGCAGGCGCCCUGCGAGCACGCCUUCUGCAGCUCCUGCAUUCACGGCUGGCUGGUGCACCACCACAACUGCCCUGAGGACCGCCAGUCGCUCGACGUCACCCUGCUCCGACCCCUGUUCAGGUACAUGCGGAAUGACCUGAGCCGGCUGCAGAUCCGGUGCCGGAACCGAGACCAGGGCUGCGAGAUGGUGUGCUCGCUGGAGUCUGUGGACCGACACGAGAGGGAGUGCGAAUACGGGCUGGUGGCCUGCACCAACACAGGUGGAGAGUACCUCUGUUAUCGAUGUGGGUGUCCCAUGCAAGUGGAGCGGCGCACGCUGGAGGCCCACCUGUCGGUGUGCGAGUUCCGGAGCCGCGAGUGUCCCAACGGCUGCGGCUACACCAUCCUCAGCUGCGACGACUCCCAGCACAGCUGCGUGGCCGAGCUGCGCACGGAGCUGGAGCUCCUUCGGUCUGAGAUGAUCUGUAAGGUGGAGGAGGUGCGGCACGAGAUGGAGUCCAGGCUGGACUCCCAGAGGAGGCACAUGGUGCAGAAGGAGAGCCUGCUGAAGAACGAGGUGGAGGAGCUGAAGGGCCAGCUCCUGAGGGUGAUGUCGGACGUGCGCGCCCUCCUGGGGGCGGAGCGUCUGCACAGGCAGGAGCUGGAGCAGGCCGAGCUGGAGAAGAGGGAGCUGCUGGAGCUGCUGAAGAGCCUGCAGAAGGAGGGGCGGGCCCCGGCCACGCCCGCCCCGCACCCCGCCGCCGAGGGCCUCCGCAAGCCCGGCAGCGCCCGCAGCCUCACCGUCGACUGCAUCAAGAGGAAGUCCCGCGAGGUCACCGUCAUCUGACACGCCAAGCACCUCUUUCACACGCUAAAUACCAGGUGUCUGAUUGGCUGGCAUUUCACUGAAACAAUGGGGUGGAUUCAGUCAACGUCAAUAUUUAAUUUAGAAAAGAAAUGCAAGUUUUUUUCACCUUCGCAUAUAGUUUGGAGUACAUUCUAGUCAUUGGCCAACUAUGAACUGUUAUUUUGGGUAAAAACUAAAACUUUGAAGUAUUUUUAAGUAUAAAUGUUAAUUGAACUGAGGGCCAUGUGGAACGCUUUUAUGAGGUUAUGUACCUGAGGUACUUCAUGGUUUCAUUCGGUUCAGAAUUUAAAUAAAAUACUUAGCAUUUGUGUAGAAAGCAGUGUAUCUUUUAAGUCAGACAUGGCAGCACAUUUCAUACAGAUGGAGAACACCCUUGUUUUCAGUCUUAUUUGCUAUGCACAGAAUACAGGCCAUUCAGUGGUGAAUGUGGUGCGUCUGUAUAAUCUAGCGUAAAAUUAUCUUCAUUAGAAGUAAUGACAUUUCUUCUGCAUUCCAAGAAGUUUCCAGUGGACCCGAGAGUGAAUGAAGAUUAGAUUCCAAAUCCUGGGAGAAGUAUGUCCUAUAACUGCCAUUUCAAUUACCUGCUGUCACUGCCAUUUGAAUCCAAAAGAAGUUCUCACACACAUGCACAUUCAUUUUGCAUUGAUUGCAUUCCAGUAUCCUUUAAGUUUUAGUGCAUUGAUCAUUUUGUUACUAUAAUCAGCAUGACAAUUAUUGUGACUAUCCACACGUUUUUGUGAUGAAAUCAUUUUAUUUUAUAUAUGUAUUCAUCCUUCAGUAAGUAGUCUAAUGUCCUGAUUUCAGUAUUUUUAAUCCUGUUUAGGUGAAUGCUUUAGAUUUUUUGUAUGUUGCUUGCGGUUUGCAUUCUUUCUCAGCUCAAAACCUUUGAAAACAUUUCAGUCAAUUUUACCGUUAGUCUUUAUGGAAAACCUUAGUCAGGGAUAAACUAAUGCACAUUUAAGAACUUAUGCAAUGUGUAAGGUAAUAUGAUGCAAAAUACUAACCUUAAAAUAAAAUUUGUAGAUAAAUUUUGUGUAUUUAACCAUUUUUUUUAAAUGUAGAGGAAAACUGUUGCACGAUUACUCCUCAUUUCAACAUUUAUGUCCAGCAUUUAUCAGAUUUAAAGUUAAAUGUAAGGCACAUAUUUGAAUUUCUUGCACCUAGUCAGAGGUCUUGCAUGUGGUUGAUACCACAGAUGGUACUUUUUUUUUUGUACCGAUAGAUAAUGGAGACUAGUGCAAACAUACCUGAGAGAACCAUAGAAUGCAGCAAAUUAAUCUGGCUGCAUGACUGUUCCACGUGUGGAGUAUAGUUCAUGCAUCUGUGAUUAUGACGACAAAAUACAUGGGUUUUCAGAGGAAAUGAAAUUCCUGUUUUUACACAGCAAAUAUUUAGUGUCACAUGAAUGUUUUGUACCAACAGGUUUUCACUUUGCACUUUUAAAAUGAGCAUAUAUUUUUGUCUACAGAUGAUUGAAGAGUAGCGACUGAAUUUGAUUGAUUGUCAUAUUUACAGUUUAAUGUUGCCUGAAUAAACUGAACCACACCCAA